AUGGAAUUUGGCUCUUCCAACAAAAGAUCGCGUGAUGAUUUUGAACAAGACCAAGGUUUCGGUGGAUCACUGGGCCCUACACAUGCACGUGAACACCAUCAACACCCACACCAGCACUUGCAUCCGAACCCGAGUUCAACCUCUAGCCUCUACGAAUCCAAGAGACAGCGCAUUGACCCGGCUCAAGAAUUAAUCAACAAUGUCUGUAAAGACAUCAGAAGACUUGGAGAGAAUCCAAAUGUUGCAGCACAAGUUGACGAUGUCAACUACAUUUCGAAUCCAAUUGUCGCUGAAUUUGAGAAAAUUGAUACUUUGCGUAAUGCCAUCUUGUCGACUAUAUAUGCAAUAAUUGUUGAACAACCACAUAAGAUUAAUGCUAUUAGCAAUAUGGUUUUCAUUUGUAACGCAAAAAACUUUGUGAUUGCCAAAUACGUGAUUGAGUAUUUGCAUACCAAGAUUCAGAUCUUAUUAGACUCUGUCAAUGGAGUCGUUGAUGUAAGUCACGAAAAGAGGGAAGAUGCUGGAGUUUUCAACAACAUCAAGAGUAUCUUAAAAUUCUUGAGUGUGCUCUCGCCUAUUAUUGAUGACUAUGCUAUAAUCAAUGUCUAUUCUCAGUUUUUGCAAUUUGCAAUUGACUUGCAAACGCAAACGGGGCAAGAAAAAAGAAACGGUAUUGCCCAAGAGAUUUUUUACAAUACAUUGGUAGCCAUGCCUUAUUUGUUGAGCAAUGACAAGUCUGAAGAAGUCAAAGGUCACUUGAACGAUUUGAUUGAGUUGGCAGGUAAGUUCCCCAUUGUAGAACCAGAAACAAAUAAAUUGAUACAACCGUUUGAUUCAAAGAUGGAUAACUUGGAUAUUCCAUAUACACCAAAGAAAUUAGUUGACUUGAUACUCCCGUCAUUGAAAGCUUUGCAAACAAAUGACUGGGAAUUGAAAUUGUUUCUCGAUUUUGAGCCAUUCUUGGAGCCUAUAAUCAAAAAUGCUUUGGAAAAUAAUGCCGUUGCCAAAGAAAUUGUAAAACACAAGUUGCCACAAUUUUCCUUGCCAACCUUUGACAAAGUCCAAGCUUACAAGUCCAAACACAAAGAAAGUAUUGAUAAUGUAUGGAAACAAAAUCUGAGGCUAUUGUUUCAAGUAUACAAUCAAAAUACCGAGUUUGAGACCGUGCCACCAAUUGAAACAUACACUGGCUUAUUUUUCAAGGACUUGGCAUUUGAUAUUUUGACUAACCUCUCGUUUAAUAAAAACGAAGCCUCGAUCCAGCUUUCCGUGUUGGAUUUGUUCUUUGAUAGUGAUUUGUUUGCCCCAUUAGGAACGUCUAUUGACCAGCUCACAAUGAUUGAUGCUGAUAACAAAAGUGGGGAGAAUGAUCCUCCUUUAUCUACAUGGAAGAUUGAAGAUGUUGCUGUCGAAAGUAUUUUGACGAUGAUUUUCCAACUUCCGCGUACCUUGCACAGAGAAAUUUAUUACUAUACUGUCUUGAUUGCAUGUUGUAAGGAGAGCCCCGAAUCUAUGGCUCCCGUUUUUGGUAGAGCUAUUCGUUACUUUUAUGCAAACUUGCAAACAUUGGACUAUGAGUUGAAAAUACGUUUUUUGGAUUGGAUGACAACGCAAAUCUCAAAUUUUGAAUUCAGUUGGAAAUGGGAAGAGUGGGUUAAAGACUCGCAACAAUACUCACAGUUGAAAUAUCAUCCAAAAAAGAACUUUAUCAAAAAUCUCAUUGCAAAGGAAAUUAGACUUUCAAACAAAAAGAGAAUCAGGGAAAGUUUUGUUGAUGUUAUUGACGGCAACGUUGUUAAUUUCGAGGAGUUUUACCAAUAUUUGGAUAUUUCAAUGUUUGCCAAUGCCAAGGACUAUAUACUAAGCUACGACUCUGCUUUAUACGGAGAUCUGGCAGAAAUAAAGGACUUGUUGAGUAGCCUUUAUGAUGAGAAACAAGCUCUAUUGCUGGCGAAAUCAAAUCCUAGUUACCAAGAAGAGAUAUUUUUCAAUUUCACGAAUCCGAGAUUACCAUUGCAUGCAACUGGUCUGAGGACUUAUGAAUUUAUUAUGUCUCAUCAUAAAUCCAAUAAGGAUUUUAGCGAGCUUUACAAGUCCAUAUUAGACGAUGUAAACAAGCUUAAUGAGGAAGCUUCACAAUCACUUGGUGGGAACAAUGGAGAAACUAAAGAGACUGAAGAAACUCGAGAAACUGACGAAACUGAGGCAACUAAAGAGACUGACGAAACUGACAAAACCAAGCAGCAGCAGCAGCAACAACAACAACAACAACAAUCACAACACCUUGAGGCUUUGAUCCCAGAACCAGUGAAAUUUGCUAUCAACUUAAUCAUGCAAUCAUAUUGUUAUAUCGGUUCAAGAUCGAUAUAUUCCGAAGUGAGUAUUUUGAGCAGAGAUGCAGAUAAAUUAAAGUACCUUAGCGGACAACCGAUUGAACCCAAAACCACUGCGCCGGUAUCUCUUGUUGAAGGAGAAACAGAGUUUGAAAAUUUAGAUUUGACAGAAGAGGACGUACAGAAUCGUCAAAACUGGAUCAUUGACUCGAUAUUCCGGAUUUGGGUGCAUCAGCCACAAGUUGUGUUUUUGAUUUUAGAAAACUUGAUUGAGUUUGGUGUAAUCAAGCCCGAAUUUUUACUUGCUAAAGCUUUCAAGUCAAACCUAAUUAUCGAUAAUGUUUCUUGUAUGGAGUCUGUAAACCGAAUUUUGGAAAACAGUAAACCUGCAGUGUUGAAGCAAGGAAUUGCAGUGUUAUUCAAGACUAUUGUUGCCAGAUUGAAUGAAUUGGAGUUGGGGGUUGACGAAAUUGUCAACAUUGAUGAGCUUGAUUCUAGUAAUGCUGAAAGGGUUGAUAAACAAUGGUUGUUUUACGAAUACCUCGGUUUAUUAAAAUCAUAUUUUAGAAAAUUCAUUAAGCAACAAGAUUUUGAUGAGAAUGGUGGCAGUGAUGGAGCUGCUGCUAAUGAUGAAGAAGCGAACAAGGACUUUAUUGAAAACAUCAAGUCAAUAUUCAAUGACAUACAAAACAUACCUACCAGGAUCAAUAUUCUUUCCUGGUUUAGUGAAUUGGAAGUAUAA